GUUACCAUUUCAGUUUUCUGUUUUUGUUGCAUUGAUAUACACAGAUAACAUGCGCUGUACAUUCUCAUAGUCACAUAUGUGAGGGGUCUGCAUGAAAAUAAGAAUUUCUAUUUCUGCCCUAUAUCAUUGUGACAUCCUGUUUAAUGUCAGGGCUCAGGAUUAAGCACGCUGUCUUCGGCUUGAUCAACCCUUUAUCUUUCAUAAAAAGCACUUAAUAAGUGCUCUUCUGUUUUGGAAAUUCUUUGUACCUGUCAGAGGUAAACUGAAUUGUUAUUUUGUAGAGCCAGAACUGUGUGCAACUGUCAUAUUAUUAUUAAGUAGGAGUAAGACACAGAGGUAACAGCAUUUUUAAGACAAUGGAGAUUUUUCUUCACUCAGUAAAUUAUCAUUUGAUUUUUAAAACUAAAUCUUGAUAGGGACACAAUUCUAUAAUGGUUGCUAUAGCCGAACAGCUCCUCUGAUACUACCUGGUAUCAGAAUCAAACAGUAAUACAAAACAAAUAUGAUUAUCAAUAGUCUGUCUGUAAUGUGAUUCAUGUUCUCCCACAAUAACAACAUAGUGUUGAGACAACAGAAAACACACAAUACCACUGAUUUAAACUCAGUCUCAGGUCACAUUUGACAACUUAUAAUUCUUUAUAUCUUUAGUUCAAGACAUUUCGGAAACAUGGGGACGAGGCCAGAUGAUGAUGGAUGAGUUUCCAGACAGGAAAUGUGGAAAAAGCAGAGACUUGUCUGGCAGUAAUAUAUCCUGUUCUUUUAUUUGAACUGUCAUUUUAAGUCAUCUUUUUUGCAAGGUCUUACAGUGCAUGUAUGUUGUUAAUGACAUUGUAUCAUGGUUAAGCAUAAGCAACCGUCUAUGAAAAUGUUGAGUACUUCUUUUUAGUUUCAGGAUACUGACUGUACAAAUUGCUUUCAGGUAAUACUAAAUGACAUUGUUUAAAAUAUGUUCAAAAUCAUUCAGAAGACCACAUUGAAAACAAUCAAAAUGGUUAAGCAUCGAAUCUCUUAAUCCUAUGUUUGUAAUGUCAGGGUUUAUCCAAACUGAGCCGAACUUCCUGUCUAAUUUGAGGAUGAAGGGAGGGAAUGAAAAGAGAGAAACAGAAAAAGAGGCUUGCAGCUCAGACACUCCAGACUGGGAGUUGGAGACACUUUGUUUGCCUCUUCAAGCAAGAUGAAGAUGUUUUCAGCACAGAGAAUGAGGUUUUCACCAUUAACAGGUUUUUCUGGGACAUCAGUGCAACAUUAGGCACUAAUCUGAAUAUAAGAGCAGAGGCCUUUAUUAUAUUGCUUUUUUUACUUAACCUUACACAUGUGCAGAUCCAGCUCCCCAACCAUGGAGUUGACCGGGACAGAGGGGUCAUCAAAUCCAAACCUCACUGCAACAUCAGCUCCGCCCCUGACAACCAAUACUUCACCACCAUACCGUGAACCGUAUUUACACAGACUAGCCCAUCUCGACGAGGGCCUUUAUAAUGACUUUUACAGCCUGUGGAUUGCUCUGGUCGUCAUUAACACCCUCAUCUUUAUGGUAGGAAUGGCCCUCAACAGCCUAGCCCUGUACGUCUUCUGCUUCCGCACCAAACCAAAGACUACGUCAGUCAUCUACACCAUUAACCUGGUGGUGACAGAUCUGCUGGUGAACCUGUCUCUGCCCACUCGUAUCAUUUUGUACUACAGUGGGGGAAAGUGCGUCAACUGUUCUUACAUGCACAUAUUCAGUUACUUUGUCAACAUGUACUGCAGCAUCCUCUUCCUUACUAGCAUCUGCGUGGACCGCUACCUGGCCAUCGUGCAGGUGGAGGCCUCACGGAAGUGGAGGAACCCCAACGUGGCCAAAGCGGUGUGCAUCUGCAUUUGGCUGUUUGCCAUCAUCGUGACCUACUCGUUCCUCACGACGGCCUUCAAGCACUCGGCCUGCUGCCUUUCCAAACUCUUUGUGCUGACCGUGUUUGAGUUCUUCCUGCCGAUGGUGAUCAUCGUAGUGUUUACUAUCAGGAUCAUGAGCGCCCUUUCCAGCCCUGGCCUUAUGCAGCAGAGCCGCGACAGACGCAUGAAAGCCGUGCAGCUGCUGUUAACUGUGCUGGUGAUCUUCACCGUCUGCUUCACACCAUUUCACGUCCGACAAGUUCUGGUCUACUUCCAUCCCGAUCUGCCCCAUCAUGUGAUCGUGUACCACGUGACUGUCACCCUCAGCAGCCUGAACAGUUGCUUGGAUCCUGUGGUGUACUGUUUUGUCACUACCAACUUUCAGUCGACCAUGAAGAGUUUUUUCAGGAAGACAGAGAGAGAACAGACAAGUGGUGAAAUUAUCAGCAUGCAGAAAAGCUCUAAGGGAUCCGGAACUGUGAUUGCUAUUGCUAAUAGUACGAUACGGAUAAACAUGAGUCCUGACCAGCAGGCAAGCCAUCCAACAUAGAGGACGCAGUACAGUAUUUAAAGGGUUGGCAUUACCGUGUUGAACUAAGGCAAACACACUGCUGUGGAUGUACAUUUAGAUCUUUACAUUUUCUUUACUGUAAAUACUUCAGUGUGGAGAUUUUAUGUGUUGUAUGCGAAACUUUUAAAUUCACUGUUAAAUUAAACUACCCAACACAUUGCUUUAGAGCAGCACAAAAGACUGACUCAGUUUAAUGCCUACAGAAAGUAUACACGUUAAACAUAAUCGUUUGCAAUAAAAA